AUGGCAAUCGGCUUGGUACGGAAGUACAGUGCAAAGCUCUACAAGAAGAGAUGGGUCGCAAUCGAGAAGAACAGAGAACAACGAACCAAGAGCGCAGCGGCUUCUUCAAAAGCCAAGAAGAGACCGGCACCAGACACGCUCGGACAAUCACGAAGAAGCUCUACCCCCGCGAAGAACCUAUUGAGCUUGAACAUACCUACCUACACUGCGAGAAUACGACACCCCUCCUGGAAGCGCCUCUGCGUGACUCAAGAAAUGUCACAAGCAGAUUUAUACGAACAAAAGAAGUGCACCAUCCUAUAG